AAUACUGAUUUUACAAUAACAUUUUCACUUAUAUAUAAAUACUUCUUCAAAACCCGAGUGAAUAGCAAAGAGUAUAGGGCAAGUAGACUGCAUCGUCGCUUACCACCAGGAAAUAGUGGUAAUACAAUUUAAUAGGAUCUAUAAUAAAUGGAAUCCGAAACAAGUAGACACUCAAUUGAAUCCCAAACUAAACAAACUGACUAUGUGAAUGUGAUUGAGAAUGUACGUCCGAGCUAUGAGGAGCACAUGUCUGAGAGAAACUCUAGCCGGAAAGAAUCAUUCGAAGCUGCUGGAGGCUCUGAAGUUAGGGAUUGGAUUGAAGAACCCUCAAAGAUCAACUAUAUAAUAAGACCACACGGAGUUGUUCCAUCAGGAUUUACACCGUCAGUUCAUAGCAUUUUGAGACAUAUAAACAAGUCCUUAGGAACUGAAUCCGAAACAGACACUGAAACUGAGGCACUCAAGAAGGAUGAAGAGUUACUCAGGGAAGAGGUAUACAAACAUUUUCUGAAUUAAAUUAAACUCAUAAAAACACGUUUUUAUUA